AUGGCAAGCUCGGCUUCCCUGGAGACCAUGGUGCCCCCGGCCUGCCCGCGCGCUGGAGCGUCGCCGGCCACUUCCAAGACGCUGGCCUUCUCCAUCGAGCGCAUCAUGGCUAAGACGUCGGAGCCCCGUGCGCCCUUUGAGCCCCGACCGGGGGCACUGGAGGCGGACGGCGGCCAGGGCAAGAAAUUGCUCAACCUCUGCUCACCGCUGCCCUGUAUGAUCCCCCUCCAGCCCCUAGGCUACGAGGUGCCGUCCAAGACGCUGCUCAGUUACUCUGAGCUCUGGAAAAGCAGCCUCCGGGCGGGCGGCGGUGGUGGUGGAGGAGGAGGAGGAGGAGGAGGAGGAGGAGGAGGCGGCGGCAGCGGCGGGGGGGCCCCGGUGUGCGGCGCCAGCGGCUUGUGCAAAACCAACUGUGGCGUGUGCUGCAAGGCCGAGCUGGGCCUGGCGCCGUCUGCGCUACCCGCGGGCAGGGUCAUCAAGCCGCAGGUCAUCAACCAGGCAGUGGGGCUUCCAGGCAGCGGCUCGCUCUACUACUUCAACUACCUGGACUCUGCCGCGUACCCGCCGUCUGAGCUCCUCGGCGGCCAUCUCUUCCCGUCCGGCCUCCUCAACGCACAGGCCCCCGCUGCCCUGGCUGCGCACCCCAAGCUCUUUUUGCUGGAGAACGCCAAGUUGGCCGGCCUGGCCGCAGACAAGUUCCCCCACCCGGCCCCCUAUGCCCAUAAGGAGCGCUUGCCCGCGCCGCUGGAGCAGGUGCUGAAGGAGAACUCAGCCCUGACCGCUGAGCGCGGCGGCGUCAAGGGCCACAGCAAGCUGCCUGGGGGCUCCGCGGACGGCAAGCCCAAGAACUUCACCUGCGAGGUGUGCGGCAAGGUAUUUAACGCUCACUAUAACCUCACCCGCCACAUGCCGGUCCACACCGGAGCCAGACCGUUCGUGUGCAAAGUCUGCGGCAAAGGCUUCCGCCAGGCCAGCACGCUCUGCAGACACAAAAUUAUCCACACCCAGGAAAAGCCGCAUAAAUGCAACCAGUGCGGCAAAGCCUUCAACCGCAGCUCCACGCUCAACACACACAUUCGCAUCCACGCGGGCUACAAGCCCUUCGUCUGUGAAUUUUGCGGCAAAGGCUUUCACCAAAAAGGCAACUACAAGAACCACAAGCUGACCCACAGCGGCGAGAAGCAGUACAAAUGCACCAUCUGCAACAAGGCCUUCCACCAGGUCUACAACCUGACCUUCCACAUGCACACGCACAACGACAAGAAGCCUUUCACGUGCGCCACUUGCGGCAAAGGGUUUUGCAGAAACUUUGACUUAAAGAAACACGUGCGCAAACUCCACGACAGCGGGGGUCCCACCGCCCCCUGCACAAAGGACCUGACUCGGACAGUGCAGAGCUGA